AAGCCAAUAUCCACCGACCCUUCCGACUCCUAAUCCGACCCAAACUCGACCCCAUCUCUUUUCGAUCUCGCCCUCUCCUCUUUCCGUCGAACGCCUCUAAACCCUAAUCUCCUCUCUUCUCCCCUCCUCCCCUUCGCCCGAGUCUCCCUCCUCAAAACCCCUCUCUCCUCCACAUCCAUGGCGGAUUCCGGCGAGGUGUGCAACUUCUUCCGCAAGCCCACAAAGAACAAGAACAUCCGCAAGCGCCGGGCCGCGGAAUCCGACGACGACGACAACGAUGGCGGACGAGGAGAUCCCGAACCCUCGCUUGCCUCCUCCUCUUCGCGAUCCAAGAGGCCCAUGCCCGCCGACAACAAGCUCCGCUUCUCCUCCGCCCCCCGCUCCUCCUCCGCGGCUGCAGCAGCGGCGGAGCCCGACGACGCCGCCGCCGAUGGCGCCGGCUCCGGCGCGGUCUUCCACUUCGAGUCCUCGGGCGCCGUCCAGGUCGAGCACGACAGCCGCGCGACCGCCACGCUCGAGACCGAGACCGAGUUCGACAGGGACGGCCGCGCCUUACGCGAGCGCACGCUCAAGAUCAACCAGGAGAACAUGACGGGGAAAUCGAAGCCCUCCUCCGGCGGCGCCGGCGAGGAGUUGUACAAAGGGAUGCACGGCUACACGGACCACAGGGCGGGGUUCAGGCGCGAGCAAACGGUGGCCGCCGAGAAGGCCGGGGGUGCCCACGGCCCGCUCCGGGCAUCGUCGCACAUACGAGUAUCCGCGCGGUUCGAUUACCAGCCCGAUAUAUGCAAGGAUUACAAAGAGACGGGGUAUUGCGGCUACGGCGACUCGUGCAAGUUCAUGCACGACAGAGGGGAUUAUAAGUCGGGGUGGCAGCUGGAGAAGGAGUGGGAAGAGGUGGAGAAGGCGCGAAAGAGGGGGCUUGCGAUGGGGGGCGGGGGAGGGGACGGGGAUGAUGGUGGAGCUCACGACAAUGACGAUGACGACGACGAUGAUUCGGUGCCCUUUGCUUGUUUUAUAUGUAGGCAGCCGUUUGAGGAUCCGGUGGUGACCAAUUGCAAGCACUAUUUCUGCGAGCAUUGUGCGCUAAAGCACCAUUCGAAGAACAAGAAAUGCUUUGUGUGCAAUAAACCAACCUUUGGCAUCUUCAACGCAGCUCAUGAAAUCCGGAAGAAGAUGGCACAAGAGAAGUAGCACCUAUUGGGUACUUAAGCUACUUCUUUUUGGUUUCCUUUAUUUCAAACCUGUGUUAUUUUGCUAUCAUGUAAACCAGAGUUUAUUGUCUCAUCCUAGCUAGAAGCUACUUCAAUCAGUGUAAACUUUAAUUACUUUCUAGCUCCUCUUGUUCUUCAAUAUCCAAUGUUGGGCUUGUAAGAUAGGAUAUAUAGCCUGUAAAACUGUGAUUGGGCCUAGCUAGUGCUUCAAAAUGAAUGAGAGAGCAUAUGCUUCCU